GUUGUCUCAUAAGCAUAGAGAGAGAGAGAGAGAGGGGAAAAAGGAGAUCUUUUUUUCUCUUUCUUGGACAGAGUGGGUUGGCGAUGGGGUCUUGUUGCUCGUCCCUGCUACCGGGGGACCACCAACCGGCGACGGCGCCGGCAGCGGCGGAGCAGCAGAACAAUCACCUCCAUUCGAACCACCAGAAGCAGCAGCGGCGGUCGUUCUCGGUCGAAGCAGGAGAGGGCGGCGGCGGUGGGGAGGUGACGGCCUUCGCUGAGUUCUCUUUGGCCGAGCUCAAGGCGGCGACGAACGGGUUCAGUGCGGAGAACAUCGUGUCCGAGAGCGGCGACAAGGCUCCCAACCUCGUCUACAAGGGCCGGUUGCAGAACCGGCGGUGGAUCGCCGUCAAGAAGUUCACCAGGACGGCCUGGCCUGAUCCCAAGCAGUUCGCUGAGGAGGCUUGGGGCGUCGGUAAACUGAGGCACCGGAGACUGGCGAAUUUGAUUGGGUACUGCUGUGAAGGUGAUGAGAGGCUUCUUGUUGCCGAGUAUAUGCCCAAUGACACCCUUGCCAAGCAUCUUUUCCACUGGGAAAAUCAGUCUAUUGGAUGGGCCAUGCGUCUCAGGGUCUCUUUCUGUAUUGCCGAAGCCUUGGAAUAUUGUAGCAACGAGGGACACCCGUUAUAUCAUGAUCUAAACGCAUACAGAGUCCUUUUUGAUGAGGAUGGUGAUCCCCGUCUUUCUUGUUUUGGUCUCAUGAAAAACAGUCGGGAUGGGAAAAGUUACAGCACAAACCUAGCUUACACGCCACCAGAGUAUUUGAGAAAUGGGAGAGUCACACCGGAAAGUGUGAUAUUUAGCUUUGGUACUGUCCUGUUGGACCUUCUCAGUGGAAAGCGCAUUCCUCCAACUCAUGCACUUGACAUGAUAAGAGGGAAAAAUAUCUUAGUAUUAAUGGAUUCACACUUGGAGGGGAAUUUCUCAACAGAGGAGGCAACUACACUUGUUGACCUUGCUUCUCAGUGCUUACAAUAUGAACCUAGGGAUCGGCCCAACACAAAGAAGCUGGUGGCUGCUCUUGCACCACUGCAAACCAAGUCGGAGACACCAUCUUAUGUUAUGCUUGGGAUCCAAAAGCACGAGGAAGCACCCGCCACACCGCAGCACCCACUUUCCCCAAUGGGAGAAGCUUGCAGUAGAAUGGACCUCACCGCCAUCCAUCAGAUUUUGGUAAUGACACACUACAAAGACGAUGAAGGGACCAACGAGCUAUCAUUCCAGGAGUGGACACAGCAGAUGAGGGAUAUACUGGAGGCCAGAAGACGGGGGGACUUUGCAUUCCGUGAUAAAGAUUUUAAGACAGCAAUCGAGUGCUACUCUCAGUUCAUAGAUGUGGGAACAAUGGUCUCGCCUACGGUUUACGCAAGACGUAGCCUGUGCCAUCUAAUGUGUGAUCACCAUGAUGCUGCAUUGCGGGAUGCAAUGCAAGCACAGUGCGUCUACCCCGAUUGGCCCACAGCAUUCUACAUGCAGGCAGCUGCUCUGGCCAAGCUGAACAUGCAAAGUGAUGCGGUCGAUAUGUUGCAGGAAGCCUCCAUGCUAGAAGAGAAGAGGCAAAAGGGUGGGAAAGGUUCCUAAGAGCAGUUCAACAUCUGAUGGCUACAAAUUUCCACUGGCUUUUUUUUCGACAAAAAUUAUUGUGUCAAUUCCUGUGAUUAUUGUGCCUUUCGGAGUAAAUGUAUUAUAUCGAAUUCGCUCUGAUUAUAUUAAUACAUUGGUGUGCCAUUUGUUGUGCAUUUUUUGACCUAAAUGUAUAUGAACAUUCAGCCAAAACAGACUGGCUGCACUUUUUUUAGGAAAUUAUGUUUUCAUUUA